AUGAAUUCCCCCAGAAAUCUCCUCCUUGCAGUGUCCCUUUUGGCGAUCACAUUCUUUGCCUAUACCCAUGCUGCCACUUUUGACAUUGUAAACCAAUGCACCUACACAGUCUGGGCCGCUUUCUCGAGUCCCAGUCCCUCAGCUGGUGGCGGUCGAAGACUCGACCAAGGCCAGACGUGGAAUAUUGAUGUUGCCCCGGGAACUAUCCAAGGUCGGAUAUGGGGACGUACUAGUUGUAACUUCGAUGCAAAUGGUCGCGGUCAAUGUGAAACUGGAGACUGCAAUGGGCUGCUAGAAUGCCAAGGUUAUGGUAGCCCUCCCAAUACAUUAGCUGAAUUUGCCCUUAAUCAGCCUAACAACUUGGACUUUGUCGAUAUCUCUAACGUCGAUGGAUUUAACAUCCCUAUGGAGUUCAGCCCCACCACCGAUGUCUGUCGCCGUCUCGUAUGCAAUGCCCCUAUAGUCGAUCAAUGUCCAAGCGAACUACGUACCCCUGGCGGUUGUAACAACCCGUGCACAGUUUUCCCAACCAACGAAUACUGUUGCACCGAUGGACCUGGAAGUUGUAGCCCAACAGAUUUUUCAAGGUUCUUUAAGGAAAGGUGCCCGGAUGCUUAUAGCUACCCGCAGGAUGAUCCGACGAGCCUGUUCACUUGCCCGGCUGGUACCAACUACCGUGUCGUCUUCUGUCCAUCAUGA